AUGCAGCAAGCCCUUACCGCCUUCUUCAUACUCGCGGGCAGCGCCUUCGCGGCACCAAGGCCACAAGCCUCCACUACAUCAUCCGCACCCGCCGCUACCGCCAGCAUUAAAUGUCCGAUCGUUUUCGAUGGCCGUGUCCCUGUUGGCACUGCCGGAACCUUCUUCGAUUCAUCGAACGGCCUCUUUAACCCUGACUACGUCAAAGGUAACGAUCUCAAAUGGUCUGACAUUUUGAAAUUCCCGACUGGCGAAGCGUCGCGAUUUGAUGGCGCGGAGUAUCAAGCGGUGGAGGUGACAUUAAGCGAUAAGAGUAUAUUCCAACAGCAGAAGGGUUUUCGGAGAGCGGGGUUGCAAUUCAUUCAGGAUAGUAGUACCGGGCCAGGGACGACGGGGGUCAAAACGUUGCAUUUUAGUGUGAGGCAGGAUACUGCGAAGCCGUUGAAUUUGACGCAUGAAUAUUUGAACGUCUGGCACGAAGCCGCCGACUACUCGGCCGACCAAAUCAUGUUCCAAACGGGUCAAAUCAUCGGAAAAUCUGCCAGCGACAAGAAUAACUUCAAGAUUCUCGACCGAGCCGGCAAAUCGCUAUACUCGGUCGCAAUGGAAAAGACCGCCUGGCAGAACUUUGCCAUCAAGCUUGACUACUCUAAGAACCAAGUCCAAAUAUACUACUCCGUUGGCCAAAAUCCACUCAAAUCCGUCGCAGGUCCUUCGUCCGCAGAUCUUUCUGGCCAAGGUCAAUUUCAGAUGGGUAUUUUAAAGAAGCCUACCGGAACCUCAGAUGUUGUGAAUGCCGGCUACCAGGAGAGUAAGUUGAAUGAGGGGCAAAUUUAUGGGGGAUUGUUCCUUGAAGAUAGCGCGAGUGGGUGCGUGUCCUUGUAG